GAUUCGUUAACUUUUCACAUUAUCUAAUGUCUCUUCAAAUACAGCCUCAACUGCUAUAUCGAGAGAAGCCGGGUGUUCGAAUCAAGUGAAAAAUCCUUGACUGGAAAUGACUUCAUGGCGAAAAUUUGGAAUGAGUUCUUUGAGCAUAUGUUUGCUGACGGCUAUCUCCUGGUCAAGUCGGGCGGCGAACCAGUGUCGAGUACCACCACGCAAGUCAAACCGAGGAAUAGCAGCAUUAUUAGUUGCAAAGUCGACGGGCGCACCGUAGCAUCUAUCAAUGGAAUCCUCGAAUUACGUCAAAUCGAAGCAUCCAAGCUUCUGAACAGCAACGCCAAGGUCAGACAUGAACAAGCAAAGUUGGCCAUCGAAUGCAAGUGUAUUCUCGAUGACAUUGUGCGAAGCCUUUCAUUUUCAAGAGACAAGCCACAUUAUAUUCACGGUGUUCAGAUUUGCGGGCUGCAAGCUCAGGUGUCCUCGUUAUCAUUGAUUGACUCGGGCUUAUACACAAAUGUUGGAGACUUCUCAUUCUCUCUUCCGUCUGAUAUUGAUGAAUUCGGAGAAAAUCUUCCCAUGUGGACGAGAAAGAUCUUAUCGUUUCGAAAUUCGUGCAUUUACAGCGCCACAAAUUACAAAUCCGCCGUAAACCUGGAAAAAAGGAACCACAAGAUUGCCCCUCAUGAAACUGUCCCAAGCCGCAAAAAAUUAUCAGAGUGGACAAGAGGAACAUUUUUCAUUCCCGAAAAGGAUCAGGAGCCCCAUUUUCCGGACGGUUUUCUGGGCAACUCUUCGAGUAGUUGCUAUGACGAUGCGAUAUAUGACAAAUACUAUUUGGACGAUGGAACUUUGGUCAAAGAAAGAAGAUAUGUAACUAAAAAGAGGAUGGACAAAACGAAACAAGACAAAAAAACGAUAACGAAGGAAGGCAGCAGUAAUAAGGAGGCUGAAGCCAACGAAUACCCCAAUAAGAAGAAAAAAGGAAACGACGAGCAGAGAAAUACUUCCACCGAGGCGAUAUGAUAGUUGAUUGCCAGAUGUGAGAAUACUUACUCGAU